CCGUUGUGGGUUUUUUCUUUAUUUUGGUGUGACUGCGGGAGCUCGCGGGCUCAUGCCACUCCGUGUGGGUAAAGCGAAGCGGGUCGUGGUCCAGGUGUGAGGCCUGUCUGCGCGGAUCCCUGUCGAGAUGUCGUCGGCGGAACAUGACGGUACCUUCAGUCAGCUCAACAAGUUUGAGAAACUGUCGUGGAGGCCCUCCGUCCGAGACUCAGGCUCCAAGAAGCGGGCACGGUGGCUUCAGGCCCGGCGCAUCUUCUCCCCUUCCUGCCCCAACCUGCGGAUCCCCAACAGGUUUCUGAGAGAAGGACACUGUGUACCCCCCGCCCGCAGCGGACACCGCUGUGUUGCAGACAGCACCAACCUGUAUGUGUUCGGAGGCUACAAUCCAGACUUUGAGGAGGCUGGCGGGUCGGAGAAUGAAGACUACCCUCUUUUCAGGGAGCUUUGGCGGUUUCAUUUUGCCACAGCCACCUGGCAGCAGGUCCGCACAGAGGGCUACAUGCCCACAGAGCUGGCCUCCAUGUCAGCUGUCUUACAUGGAAACAACCUGCUCGUUUUUGGUGGCACUGGGAUUCCGUUUGGUGAAAACAACGGCAACGACGUCCACGUUUGCAAUGUUCAGUACAAACGAUGGAACCUGCUCAACUGCAGAGGAAAGAAACCCAACAAGAUCUACGGACAGGCGAUGGUCAUCAUAAAUGGCUACCUCUACGUGUUUGGCGGGACAACAGGCUACCUUUACAGCACGGACCUGCACAGGCUGGACCUGACCACUAGAGAGUGGACCCACCUGAAACCCAACAACUCGCCCUUAGAUCUACCUGAAGAGAGGUACAGACAUGAACUAGCUCAUGAUGGACAGAGAAUAUACAUUUUAGGAGGUGGGACUUCUUGGACGUCAUAUCCCCUGGAUAAGAUUCACGCAUAUAACUUGGAGACAAAUUACUGGGAGGAAAUAGUCACCAAACCCCAUGAAAAAAUAGGAUAUCCUGCUGCCCGCCGUUGUCACAGCUGUGUGCAGGUCAAAGAUGAGGUGUUUAUAUGUGGGGGUUAUAACGGAGAGAUGAUCCUGUCCGACCUGUGGAAGAUCAACCUGCAGACGUUUCAGUGGACCAAGCUGCCUGCCGCUAUGCCCGAGCCGGCCUACUUUCACUGCGCUGCAGUCACUCCGGCUGGCUGCAUGUACGUCCACGGCGGUGUCGUCAACAUGUCCGGGAACAGGAGGACGGGCUCUUUGUACAAAGUGUGGUUGGUGGUGCCCAGCCUUCUGGAACUGACCUGGGAGAAACUGCUGAAAACUUUCCCUCACUUUGCCCAGCUGUCCACCCUCCAGCUGCUCAGCCUGGGACUGACGCACACACUAAUUCAGCGGCUCAAAUAGACGCAGCACACAGACUGAAGGAAACGGUAUGUGAUGGAACGGCACUGACUCUAAAAAUACUGAUGACGAGGCAACAAUUUCUUGAAAGGACAAAAAAAGUCUAUGAAAAACUUUGAAUGCCUUUUAACUUAAGUUUUACGUUAAUGUGCACGCUUUGUAAAAGAAUACUUCACCAGAAAAUGACAGUUUGUAUAUCAAAUAUUCAACCACUGCUGAGUUGAAUUUGUCUAGGAACUGUUUUUCUUGCAUGCAUCCACGGUUUACAGAGAAAAAAAAUGCAAUAUCCUCCAUGAAUUGAAGUAAAUAAGACAUCAA